UCGGCGGCCCAGCUCCCGCGCCCGCGGCCUCUCCCUCCCGCCCCUGCGGGCCGCGGGCGCGCUGGACGCCAUGGAGCAGCUGUGCCUGUGCGCCGCCGCCUCCUCCGCGCUGAGGCUCAGCCCCACAGACUUUGGCUCCUGCCCACCCUGCAGCCCCUGCCCCAUCCCGAAGCCAGCAGCCAGAGGGAGGUGCCAGAGCCAAGACUGGGGCAAGAGUGACGAGCGGCUGCUGCAGGCCGUGGAGAACAACGACGCGGCGCGGGUGGCUGCCCUCCUUGCCCGCAAGGGGCUGGUGCCCACAAAGCUGGAUCCCGAGGGCAAGUCCGCGUUCCACCUGGCGGCCAUGAGGGGUGCCGCCAGCUGUCUGGAGGUGAUGCUGGCACAAGGAGCCAACGUCAUGAGUGUGGACGGGGCAGGUUACAAUGCCCUCCACCUGGCCGCCAAGUAUGGGCACCCCCAGUGCUUGAAGCAACUGUUGCAGGCCUCCUGCAUGGUGGAUGUCGUGGACAGCAGUGGGUGGACAGCUCUCCAUCAUGCAGCGGCUGGCGGCUGCCUCUCCUGCUCAGAAUUGCUCUGUUCCUUCAAGGCACAUCUGAACCCCCAAGAUCGGUCGGGCGCAACACCCCUCAUUAUAGCAGCUCAGAUGUGUCACACAGAUCUGUGCCGCCUCCUUCUGCAACAGGGGGCUGCCGUGAACGACCAGGACCUGCAGGGCAGGACGGCCUUGAUGCUGGCCUGUGAGGGAGCCAACCCUGAAACAGUGGAGGUGCUGCUGCAGGGUGGGGCCCAGCCGGGCAUCACCGACGCGCUGGGGCAGGAUGCAGCUCACUAUGGUGCCCUGGCCGGGGACAAGCUCAUCCUGCACCUCCUGCAGGAGGCGGCCCAGCGCCCCUCACUGCCCAGUGAAGAUGACUCAGGCGAGGCGUCAUCUCAGAACUCUGGGUCCAGCCACGAUAAGCGAGGAGGUCCCAAGAAGCGGAAGGCACCUCAGCCCCCAGCCAGCGUCCCUGUGCCGGAUGACCGAGACGCCUAUGAAGAAAUUGUAAGGCUGCGGCAGGAGAGGAGCCGCCUCCUGCAAAAGAUUCGGGGCCUGGAGCAGCACCAGGAACGGAGGCAGCAGGAGCUGCAAGAAGCCGAAGCCAGCUCCCUCCACAGCCUGGAGAGACAGGUUCAAGAGCUACAGCAGCUGCUGGCAGAGAAGCAGGAGGAGAAGGAGAACCUGGGGCGGGAGGUGGAAAGUUUGCAGAGCCGGCUGUCCCUGUUGGAGAGUGAGCGGGAAAAUACCAGCUACGACGUGGCCACUCUGCAGGACGAGGAGGGUGAGCUGCCCGACUUCCCAGGGGCCGAGGCACUGUUCUCCAAGCGGUCGAGCCCCCCAGUCCAGGAGCUCCUGGCUUCCCUGCAGGAGCAGGUGGCUGUGCUCACCAGACAGAACCAGGAGCUGAUGGAGAAGAUCCAGAUAUUGGAGAAUUUCGAGAAGGACGAGCUGGAGGCAAACGGCUCUGCCGAGGCCGUCCCUCUGAUCCUCUAUGACUCUCUGCGGGCUGAGUUUGACCAGCUCCUUGGGCAAUACGCCGAGGCCCUGCGGGCACUGGAGCAGCGGGACGUCCAGGGGGCUCCCGGAGAAGAGGAGGCAGCAGCUGGGCCGGGCCAGGGCAUGGGAGCCACGACCACGAUAAAUGGGCCGACAGAAACGGAGCUGAAUGGCCCCCCGGCUCCGGAAACCAGGGUUAACGGAGCUGAGACCCCAGAUGAGGAGGCUGCAGAAGUUGGCACCAUAGAAGCCAGGACUCUGAGAAUAGCAUCCACGGAAGGCCAGGCCACAGAGACAGAAGCCACGGAGGCUGAGGCCACAGAAGUGACGCCUCUCCAAGAGGCAGAAACCCCCAGAGCCAAGGCCACGAAAACGAAAGUGGAGGGAUCAGAAACGAAGGGUGGUGACGUGGCUGUCACGGAAGUAGAGCUCACGGGCAUAGAGACCACAAACACAGCAGCCACGGAUGCAGAGGCCACGGAAGCAGAGGCCACGGCCCCAGACGUCCCCACUGGCCCUGUCCUACACCCCGGGGCUGCUGAGACUUCCGAGAAGCUGCAAGCAGAGCUGGAGACCAGGAUCCGUGGCUUGGAGGAGGCUCUCCGGCAGCGCGAACAGGAGGCGGCCGCUGAGCUAGCCGCGUCCCGUGCCAAGUGCCAGGCCGCGGAACCAGCGGCUGGCCAGCCGCGGGAGCAGGAGCGGGUAGGGGAGGCCAGGGGUGGCGGGGGCGACACUGCCCAGCUGCGGGCGGCCCUGGAGCAGGCCCGGGAGGACCUCCGGGCCCGGGACUCCCGCCUCCGGGAGUUAGAGGCCGCCUCGGCCUGGCUGGACGAGGCCCGGGCCAGCCAGCUGCUGGCUGAGGAGGAGGCCCGGGGCCUGCGGGCCGAGCUGGCCCGGCGGGAGGAGACCCGGCUGGAGCAGAGCCGGGAGCUGGAGGCUCUGCGGGAGCAGCUGUCCACCGCCACGGCCGCUGCCAAGCAGCAGCAGGCAGUGGCCACCGAGCUGGGCCGGGCCCGGGAUGCGGCCGAGGCCCGGGCCACGGAGCUGGCCGCGGCCUGUGAGGAGGCCCGGCAGGGCCUGGCCGAGCUGCGUGAGGCGUCCGAGGUCCUGCGUCAGAGGGCCGUGCCCACCUCCGAGCACCAGCAGCUGCAGGAGGAGGCCCUGGAGCUGCGGGGCCGGGCGGCCAGCCUGGAGCAGGAGGUGGUCAGUGUGGGCAAGGAGGCUGCCCGGCUGCGGGCGGAGCUGGAGCGUGAACGUGUGGGCAGCGUGGCUCGCUCAGAGCAUGAGCGCGUGGUGGGAGCCCUGCAGGCCGACGUGGCCCAGCUGGAGGGGCAGCUGGAGGAGCUGGGACGGCGCCACGAGAAGACAAGUGCUGAGGUCUUCCAGGUGCAGCGGGAGGCCCUGUUCAUGAAGAGUGAGCGUCAUGCGGCUGAGGCCCAGCUGGCCACGGCCGAGCAGCAGCUUCGAGGGCUACGCAUCGAGGCCGAGAGGGCGCGCCAGGCCCUGAGCCGUGCCGAGGAGGCCCUGGACAAGGCCAAGGAGAAGGACAAGAAGAUCACAGAGCUCUCCAAAGAAGUCUUCAGCCUCAAAGAGGCUCUGAAGGACCAACCAGUGCCCCCCGCUAGCCUGGAGGCGGAGACCCUGCGGGGCCAGGUGAAGGCUUUGCAGCAGCAGCUGGAGCCCUCCCGUUUUGCUGACACCCCCUCGCCCACCCCAGGAGGCUGCCAAGGAGCACAGUGGGGUGGUGGCCUUGUACCGCAGCCACCUGCUCUAUGCCAUCCAGGUGAGUCCGUGGGAGGGACAGAUGGACGAGGACGUGCAGCGAAUUCUCAGUCAGAUCCUACAGAUGCAGAGACUCCAGGCGCAGGGCCGCUGAGGGCCGGGGGAGGGGGGUCCCCUGGGGCUCCCCCUCCUUCCCUGACCAGCCUGCCUGGGACCCCAGGGCUGCCAGGGCUCAGGCAGCGACCGACACAUUUGGGGACCAGCCUUGGCUCCUGCCCUGACCAACCCCCACCCCAAAAAUAACCGGAGAAUCUGUGAGCUCCCCGCUCCCCACGUCCCGUCUCCAGACACUGACCCAGGAAUAAAAUCACUGCUGCA